AUGGGUCCAGGCUCCGGUAACGUACCGGGUCCUGCCUCACAGAUGAGCUUCCAAUACCUCAACUCACCGAUGGGCAUGAUGUACGCGAAUGGCGUAGCACCUGUCAAUGGGGCCCUGAGACCGGUUUCUCCGUACAUUAUGGGCGGCGUACUGGCGCAGGCAACGAACAUGCCUGGCGCAAAUUCUAUGAUGGCACCUGCAGUCCAAUAUACUCCAGUACACAACCUGCAAAACACUCAGGCAACCAAGCAUCAAAAUCCCGGACCUGCAAAGAAGUCCAUGACAACGUCUUCGCCUGCUGGUAAGGCUCGAGCUCCUGCAGCAUCAAAGCGCAAGCCGCCGCCGAAUCUUAUCGUUGAUGUCGCCGAGACCUGCGAAGAGGUCUUCCCCUUCGACGAGGUUGCUGAACGGCACAGCGUACCACGCCACAGGGUCGUCGAGGUCUUCUCCGCCAUCGUCCAGCUGCCUUUGCUGCGGUGUGCCACGGACAAGCGCAGAUCAGGCAAGCUGGCACAGACGCGCAUGCGAGAGUUCGCCAAGGCGAAGAAGGAAUCGCAAGUCGUAGGGAAUGCCCCAGCACUGGGCAAGCAUGAUGCUGCACAUGGUCAAGCUCCGGAGAAGAAGCUGAUCUUGCCUGGGGUGAUGGAGCUGGCAAGAAAUAUGCCACCAUUGGAGUACCCAGGAGGUGCUAAACAGGGAUUCACGGGGCCUUGGUAG